AUGACCUUCUCUUCUCAACUCGAGCUGUCCCUGAUUCGAUCCACGCAAAACAACACAACGAAGUAUCAAUGGUUUGUAUACAGCUUCAACUCUGGCGAAACUAGUGAAAGAUUUGCAAUUCCCAUAUAUUGCAAAUCAUUGAUACUUCAUUGUGUUGAGAAGGAAAGCGUCAUGCUUUUGGAGGCUGUCCGACGCCUAAAAGUACAAGAACUCCUUGCCUACGUUCAUGAGAGCUGCCAAGCUGGUACUGCACGAGAGUUUAAGGAGGUGGUGAGGAGUAACAUGGAAGUGGAUGGAAAAUCCAAGUUGGUGGAUUACGUUCCUGUGCUAAAAUGGAUUGACCUGCAAGGUAUAAGGCUUCGCAUGACUGGAUUCUUCGGGAAGGUGAUAAGCGUCUUUGAUAGUGGAUCAAAACACAUUGCUAUCAAGGAAAAAUCUUGUUUUUCUUCUAACAGAAGAUGUACUGGAUAUUCUUCUCGCCAAAGAGGACAGUUAGCAUUUGAUACUGAUGUUGGCUUCACUCCGGAUGUUGCACUUGAUGGUUGGCUUCGCUCGUUCACUCCAUUACUUGGAAGCUUGAAGAUGGAUUCGCUGCAGAGGAUAUGGACAUGGAAUACAAGUUUGGGCUUAUCUGCGGAAGGCUCACAACCUACGUGCUAUCCCAAUGCAAGCUCCGAAAAUCGAUUGACGGUCUUCUCCUGUGCCGGAGCACCACAAUUUCCGGCUUCGAUCACGUACCGGUGA